AUGAGGCGGCCUAAAGUGACAUCAGGAAAAAGAGCAGUGGAGUUCAAGUUUGCCAAGACACUACACUGUGAAAUUGGGCCCAUCCCUAAAGUGACCAGUCCACCUGCAGCCAAGACCCCUCCUCCCUCCACCUCCAACACAGACCUCCCACAGAAGGAGAGCGUCUCAAAAAGUUUGUCUGAAGCCUCCCCUGAAAAUAUCAUGAAGCAGACUUUUACAAUUAAACACGGUGUUCUCAAAGCGUCAGAUGAGGAGGUUUUGAAGGAGCACUACAGCCUUUGCUGGAGCCGUGUGGACCGCGCUCUGGGCUUCCUGUGCCAACUGCUGCGAGCAUAUGCUGUGCCAGUGGCAGUGGUGAAGGGGGAGCAGCUCGUGGCGUUCGCUCGCAGCUGGGAGCGUGAGUGGCGAGCGACUCCUCCAGUCAGCAGCCUCCUCUCUGUGCUGCACAAUCAGGACGAUGUUCUGGAAGUGCUGUCACGUCCAGGUCAACGCUUCAAAGCAGAGGGAGGCGUUGAUGCUGCUGCAGUGUGUAUUCAGUCCUGCUGGAGGCGCUACACCGCUCGCUCUGCCUACCUGCGCCACUGCAGACGUAAGUGGGCGGUGGGCACCAUCUCUUUGGCCUGGCUCAUGCGCGCUCAGAGGCGUCGCGUGAGGAAGGCCCUGCAAGCCCGAAGGUUCAGCCAGUUACAGAACCAGCGGCAGAGAGCACAGCAUCUGGCAGCCAACUGGAACCACAUCCGGGCCUCCAAGAGAACUAUUAUCCAUGUCCCGUCAUUAGGUUAUUCUCAGAAUCAGAGACGCAGCUUGAGGGACUUUGAAAUGGUCCAGAACAUGCAGAUAGGAAGGCUGUGUGAAAUAAGAGAUGAAAACGUUGAGGUGAUCUACGUGUGUCCCGUGCACCUGGAUGAAGACACACUGCAUACCAUGUGUGUUGUCUCCCCUCAGAGCCACACCAUGUGCCUGUCCUCGCUGCUCAGCCACAGCCCCUGCUCCCUGCAGAGGAUCCGGCACCUGAUCCGGGGGAAGAGCUCGUUCCUGGUUCCCGGCGCGGUGCACGUGGAUGACUUGGCCGUGGCGGACGCUCUCGGCGUGCCGCUGAUGGGACCGGAGCCUGCGGCCGCGCAGCUGUACGGCACCAGGUCCGGAGCCAGGAAGAUGUUUGCAGCAGCCGCCGUGGAGAUGCCCCCUGGUGUCGAGGACGUCUACUCGCUCCACCAGCUUCAUGAGUGUCUGGCUGAGCUCCUGGUGCAGAACCUGGACGUGACGCUGUGGUUGUUUAAGACGGACCGUGACCCGGGAGAAACCGCCGUGUGUGACGUGCGACACAUGAAGAGCUUUGCAUGGGCCCUGAGUCAGAGGCAGAGACACGGCCCAGACGCCUGGAGGAGCCCGGCCAUCCAGGAGACAGUGGUUCUGCGGUUCUUGGAGGAGGUCCCACUGUGGCUGUCCACUCACGCCUGUCCUGCUAAGACCUCCACACACUUCACCUGGACCGGCUUCCUGCAGACCUUUCUCAGAGAAGGCGGUGUGGUGCAGGCCUACCCGCCCUCGUACAGCUCCUGGGUGACUGUGGACCUUCUGCUGGAGCCAGAUGGACGGGUCUCCAUGUUGUCCUGUGGAGACCAGCUGCUGAGCUCUGAUGGUCUGGACUUCCUGGGCUCCUGUGUCCCUCAAAGAUCCCUGAGUCCAGACAGUCUCGGGUCUCUCUGCACUCGUGUGGGACGGGCCUGUCUGCAGAAGGGCCUCGUCGGACACGUCUCCCUCGACCUGGUCAGCUUCACUCAGGGCGCCUCCAAAGAGCACAAGAUGUGGGCCCUCGACCUCCACCUCUCGUACAGCGACCACCUGGCCAUGACCCAGAUGCUACUGCACAACACUCAAGGAACACUCCGCUGUCAAAAUGCCUUUGAAGUGCCAAUGCCAAACACCGGAGAAUCUGCUCCAAAAACUUUUACAGAAAAGCGAUACGCCGUUCUGAGCAGUAAACUUGUCCACGCAAACCUGUCCAUGCUGUACCGCCCCGUGUUCUUCCAGAUGUGCAAAGUCCGAGGGAUUGGAUUCAACUCACAGAAGAAACAAGGAACGCAGUUUGCACUUUACGACUGCUCCGUGCGACGCCGGAUCGGAAUGAUAGCGGUGUCUGAGAGUCCCGAGGGAGCACUAGUGACCUUUGCACACAACCUGUCAGUCAUCCAUCAGGAGAUAUCAUCCUCUCGAACACAAGGAGAAACCAAUUUCAAGGAACUGAUUAAGGCUAUCGAAGAGUUUCUCCUGAAGAACAAGCACCGCUGCAGUGUGGAACUACUUAGGACCCUCCACGGCUUUUGGCUCAAAGUGCUCCUCUUCCCGAGCUCGUUCGGCCGCCUCUCGGUGCCUCGUCCCCCCGCCUCAGAGGUCCUGACUUGCCACCUGCAGCAGCGCAAACUUCCCCCUUGGACCUCGUUCUGUGUCCGCUACAGCUCCGUGCACAAUGACCAGUUCGGUUUGUCCAACUUUAACUGGACAGUGCAGGGUCAUAACUACCACAUCCUCCGCACUGGCUGCUUCCCUUUCAUCAAGUACCACUGCAGCAAAGCCCAAGCCCAGGACCUGCGCUUCGAGGACCGGUUCUUCUCUGCGCUCAAAGUCAUCAACCUCGGUCUUCCGUGUUUGGCGUACGGCAUUGGCUGCUGGAUGGUGAUCGGCGCAUCAGAAACAGUGCUGACCUCGACUGGACCUGUCACUGUGUACUUUGCAUACAAAGAACAAGAGGGAGCUCAAUAUUAA